AUGUCGCGGUUACUCUGCCUCCUGCUGGUUGCUAUCGGCGUGCAGGUGGCAGCAGGCACAGUUCAAACAGUCGUGAAGCGCGAUGUGCAGGCCGAUCUGUCCGAGGGGUUUUGUCGCAAUUGGGUGUUCGGUGCAAAUAUCGUUGACGAUGUUUUGUACAUGAAUGGCAUGGAUGGUGGGAGACUUGACGCUGAUAAAAACGCGUCGAACAACUAUCUCAUCGAGCUGGAUCUCUCGGCUCCCGUUGAUCUACAAAACGGGUCCAAUUAUAAACUGAGCUUGAUUCCCACCGACGUCCCGACACUAAAAGACCAGGCACUAUGGUCAAACCAAGCCAACUCGACGCUUUUCAGCUACGGAGGACGGAGCCCGAACCGAGAAAAGCCAGAUGAUGGCGGAGUGUGGAUGUAUCGUAUCUCCGAUGGUUCGUGGGAGGAACAAAGGACAUCCGUCAAGCCCGUGCGACUUAUUGAGGGUGCAUACGUUAACGUCCCCGAACUGCAGGCGGCGUAUUGGCUGGGCGGAUAUCAAACCAAGCAAACGACCUCCUCAAUAACCGACGGCACAAAGUCCUAUGCAACCGGCAUGAUCCAAUACAACACAACUACAAUGGAGUACACCCUGCUCGAAGCACCAUUCACGCCUGUACAGCAAGGCGCACUGGUUUAUCUACCAGCCCGUGACAAGGGAGCUCUAGUUUUCCUCGGUGGUGAAGUUCCGGCUCGCAAAGACGGUGUCGAUACGGAAAUUACUCCAAACUCAUGGGACUACGUCCAGGUCUACGAUAUUGAAGCGGGCAUGUGGUAUAAACAAACUACCACGGGCGAUGUGGCACGUCGUACCCAAUUUUGUGCAUCGGUCAUGCAUGAUCCCUCGUCGACGUCAUUUCAAAUCUACGUUAUAAGCGGAGCGGACUAUGAGAGUAAAGAGAUAGUAAAAGAUGUAUCAUAUCUGUCCAUUCCUUCGUUCAAAUGGUACCGAGCAGCAGGCCUAUCCAAAGGUCGAAUGUCCCAUACGUGUCAAGCAUAUGGGAGACAGAUUCUCGGCGUUGGUGGGCGCCAGAGCUAUGUCCCUCUGAGUGAUCCCAAGGCAGGAUGUUACAAUACCCCAACCUUCCUAUACGAUGCGCAGUCUGAACUUGUUCGCACAAUUUUCGAUCCCGCCCUACUGAGAUAUUCCGUCCCCCCCAACACGGCUGCCGAUAUCCAAAGCUCCCCAACCCCCUCAGCAUGGGACAAUCCGUCGCUGGCUUAUCUCUUCACAGAUGGUCCGAAUAACGGCACAAGUACCCAAGAAACCAAGUCCAAAUCCACCAACAAAGGCGCUAUAGUAGGAGGAGUGGUUGGUGGCGUGGCUGGAGCGGCCAUUAUCCUUGGGCUCGUCUGGUUUUUCUUACGAUCUCGACGGCGGAAGGCCCACCAGGGUGAUGCCGAGCUGCCUGAAACAAGCGAGCGUAAACCGCCGAUUCUAGGGGAGCUCUCGGGCAACCAUGCUAUUACGGAACUAAGCGCAUCUCAUAGCAGAGUUGAGAUUUCAAGUCAUGGAAGUCAAGUCUACGAGUUGGACGGUGGGAAUACGCAGAGUCAGAGUCAAAAACAGUCUAUAGACAAGAAGAGCGAGGAACGCCCGGAGCGAUGA